CUCAACACCUUCGCCGACAAACAGUUCGCCGCCGACGAGCGCCAAGUGCGCACUUGCGAUCAUGUCUUUUCGCGAUUCCUCCCGAGUUGUGCGGAAUCCCUCGCUCGUUGCCCAUCGCGAAGUUCUCGCCUCGCGAUUUUCCGACGCGCAAUCCGUUACGAGAAUCGAAGAGAACCGAGGAUGCUUGUGAAAAUUAUUCUGAACGGUUCGCUCUCGAAAAGCAAGAGAUCGCGAAGCUGCGGAAAAAAUUCUCACAAAGAUUGCGAAUAAAAAAAACUGAGACAUUGUACGUGAAAUGGAAAUGCUCCAUCGCCGAUACCCCUGUGAUUUCGAAUCGUAUUGUUGUUUCGACAUAACAUAUUAAUGAAACGUUAAGAAAGUAAAGUCGAAAUCUCUGUCAUCGAUCAGCACGUUCUCAGCUUUAUGUUAAAUAAAAAAAAAAAAAGAAAAUUUACUGUGCUAUGUGGAAGAGAUAAAAUUGAAGAGUGUGAAAGAGAACUUCGUUAAUAACAUCGCACAUUAACUUAGCUUUUAGUGUCCCGAUAUAACACUAGAAUGUAUUAUAUUUAUUUUACGAAAGAGAUCGUUUCUCUCUACUACUCGAACGAGGAGAAAAUGAGAGAAAAUUUAUUUUAUCGUAAGAAGUUAUUAAUAAUGCUAUGAGAGUUGUGACGUGCGUCGAUUUAUCACGACCGCUAACGAGGACUUCGAAUUAACUUUUGGUGACGUGUAUUUUCAUAGUAUAUAUAUAUAUAUUUCUUAAAAAAUUGGCUGAUGCUCCAGCCAGCUGGUUAAAUUAUAUAACGGGAAGGAAAGAGAGAGAGAGAGAGAGAGAUGUCGGCUGUUAAUUAAUUUUUAUAAGUCGACCGCAAAAGUGACCGCAUAUAUUAGAUGCUCGUCGAUGCGUACGAUGAAAAAUGGGUUUGUGCAAGGAUGAGAUAACAAGUGUGCUAAUUGUAACGGACAAAGCGUGCUGAUACGGUUUCAUAAACGAGAGAAUCUCUGGAAGUAUGAGUGACAACGUGUUCGCGAGCACGUCGUUCUCAAAAAGAAACUGUGCUCUUGAAUGGGGUGAAAGAUGACGGUCUCUUAUCAAUACGAGGUCGCGAGUUCGACCAGCGGCGGAUUCACCAGGCUUCUGCUUAUGUGGCGCGGUUCUCUCUACAAGCUCAUCUACAGAGAACUUUUCCUUUAUUUGAUUCUCUUCGGCGCUCUGUCCGCGCUCUAUCGCCACGCCUUCACCCCCGCUCAGAAAAGGGAGUUCGAGCAAGUAGUUGUCUAUUGCGACACCCUGAUCAAACUGAUUCCGCUGAGUUUUGUGCUCGGAUUUUACGUGUCUUACGUGGCUCAGAGAUGGUGGAAGCAAUACAAGGCAAUACCGUGGCCCGAUAAAGUGAUGCAUCUGGUGGCUCUCUACGUCACCGGAAACGACGACUACAGUCGGAUGUUACGCAGGGCCUUGAUGCGUUACUUGAAUCUCUCCCUAAUACUCGUUCUGCGUUCCAUCAGUUCGGCGGUGAAGAGACGAUUUCCCACUCUCGACCACGUCGUCGAUUCCGGCUUCAUGACUUCGCUGGAGCUCGAAUUGUACGAGUCGGUGCCGAGUGAGGAGUUUAACACCUAUUGGAUACCGUGCACGUGGUUCAUUAAUCUUCUCAAGGAGGCACGUAAGAACCACAGGUUGUCCGAUGCGCAGGGCCUAAAGCUAAUCAUGGAGGAGUUUAACGAAUUCCGGACUAAAUGCGGUCUCUUGUGGAGCUACGACUGGGUGUCGAUCCCAUUGGUGUACACCCAAGUUGUGACACUCGCCACUUACAGUUUUUUUGCGGUCGCGCUGGUCGGCCGGCAGUACAUCGAAGGCGUCGAAAAGCAAUUCCAAUUGAAAAUAGACAAAUACGUGCCCAUUUUCACGAUUCUGCAAUUCUUCUUCUUUAUGGGAUUGCUGAAGGUGGCCGAACAACUGAUAAAUCCCUUCGGGGACGACGACGAGGACUUCGAGCUGAACUGGCUGAUCGAUCGUCAUACCAAGGUGUCAUAUCUUGGAGUGGACACACUGAUGAACCGUUGUCCGCCUCUCGUCAAAGACAUCUUCUACGAUGCCGAGAACAUAAGUCUGCCGUAUACGGAAGCGGCUGCGGCGUAUAAGAAGAAGACUUAUCGCGGUAGCGUGGCGAAUAUGAUGGUACCUCAAGCGAAACAAGGAAUGUUUCUACCUGGUAUUUUAGAAGAAGAAGAAGAAGAAUCCUCGAAAAGCACUCUACGCGCUUCUAUCGUGAAUUUAACGACGAACCCGAGCGAGAGUCCGACGAGCGAAAUGCGCCAGAUCAGCGAGUCCCCUUCGGCAUCUGCGACAAUGGCUUUCAAUUGUCCCGAAACGGUUGUACAGUUGGAUAGCCAAGACCAACAACCGCCGGAACAAAGGCACAUGAUAGCCGAUGCCGUUAAAAAAUUCUCGUCCUUGGCGAAGAAAGGCUCGGGAUCACGUGCCGAUUUGCGGAAAUCCUUCUUCCCGGUUCAAACGAGACCAUCUAAGACGAUGUUGCCCUGGCCGAGCGCGAUGAACAUCUCGCGUACGAAUGUCGGGUCGACGCCGUUUCCAACGUCAGCCGACUCUUCUCCAUGGUUCCCCGAAACCGGUAAUAUCUGGAAGAAAGAUUCACUCGCGAGCUUGUAUCGCCAAUCAUCCGUCGAGAAUUCCGAGGGACGUCCUAGCGUCUCGUCGCGCGGCGAAAAAAGUCAAGAGGGUGUUGUCAAUUCGGCGUUCGCCGGUGAGAAAAUAAACGACGUGCCGGACAUCUGCGACUGCGACAACGAGGGACGCAACGGUCCUACGGAAUCCGGGUUUUCUCAUCAGUGUCAGUGUAGACAGAUCUUGAAUCAACACUUGCUAACUCCGGAAACGAUCGACAUGUCCGCGGUCAUCGGUUGCGAACCGAGUCGUUCGAGAACUGCCAGUUGCUCGAAAUAUUUGACACCCGUUAGAGACGAUUCUCGAAAGAAGAAAAAUUUUCAAUUGCGAUCGAAGAUAUCCAAACCGUUGAAGUUUCGCAGAAGAACCACCGACGGUAUACCAACAGCCGUGAGCACGGUUCUAAGUCAUACCAAGAGCUCGCCAGAUCUGAGAGAUUUGAAUGAACAAACGAAGACCGCGCAAAGUGAAACGACUACUAUAAAUAAUUCUCGCGCGCAAGAAGACGACACGAAGUUGUGAAUCACGAAUUGUUUGUGAAUAAUUUUGUGUAAAUAAUGUACAUAUUGUAGAGAACAUGUUCCAGAAUUGUGUAUUCAUAUAUAAAACAAAAUUAUAUCUAAAUAUAUAAAAAUA